CUUCAAUACUACGCUUUCUACAGGUAGCGAGGAGAGAGAGAGAGAGAGAGAGAGAAAGGCGAUGGAGAGGAGCGCUCCGACUAGGAAGCCGCUCGCCUCGACGGCGGAUCUACUGACCUGGACGGAGGCGCCGCCCCAGGAUCCAGCCGCGUCGGACUCCCGCCGGCCGCACCAGGUGACGGAUGGGGUCAGCAAGGUGGUCUUCGGGGGGCAGAUCACCGAGGAGGAGGCCGAGAGUAUCCUAAAGAGGAAACCUUGUUCGGGUCCAAAGUUAAAAGAAAUGACUGGUAGUGGCAUUUUCGCAACUGACAGCGAAGAUGAACUGUCAGAACCAGGUAGUUCUUUCUCAACACCUAACCAGCGAACAGGUCUGCGGAUGUAUCAGCAAACAGUAAAUGCAAUGAGCCAGAUAUCAUUCAGCACUGAUGAGACUGUUUCUUCACAUAAAAAGCCAACCUCACUUGCUGAGGUAGCAAAGCAGCGAGAACUAACUGGGUCUCUGCUGAGUGAAUCGGAUGAUAGAUUGAUGAAGCAGUUGUCUGAUGCAAAAUGCAAGGAACUAAGUGGACAUGACAUCUUUGCUGCCCCAGAAGUUUUGCCAAGGUCAUCAGGAUGGAAUUUGGAGAUGAAUGACAGUGACCUGAGGGAAACCACUCCAAGAAACUUACAGUCACCAGUUAAAGUCCCUCAGGCCGGGGGUGCGAGCAAUCUCUUGUUUGGUGAAGAACCAGAGGUGAAAUCAGCUAAGAAAAUUCACACCCAGAAAGUGGCAGAACUGACAGGCAAUGGCAUCUUCAAAGAUGAUGCCACACCAGGUGCCGCGGAAAAAACACUUAGUAUGGCAAAGCUAAAGGAGAUGAGUGGUAGUGACAUCUUUGCUGAUGGCAAGGCUCCCUCACGAGAAUAUCUUGGCGGUGUCCGCAAGCCUCCUGGUGGUGAAAGCAGCAUUGCUCUAGUUUGACCUCUGUGACUCAGUUGUUUCGGACUUGUAGGGUUUGAUGAUUAUAGUGUUGAAGUGUUUAUCUGAACUCUGUUUUAAGUAGCACUCUAUGGCAAUGAUAAUAAACUAUUUUUUGAUGCUA